UCAACAACUGUUCAAGGAAAGUAGGAGCGAAAGUAGAGAUACUCGCUAGCCGCUAGUAUUGCUAUUGAAACACAUGUUUCUCUAGUAUUAAGAUUAUGGUGCCGUGUUACAUUCUACUGGCUAGUCUUGCGAUUGUCUUUCCAGGGCAGUGUACAGGUUAUCAAUAUGAUUCACAGCGGAAACUUCGUCGAGAAGUAGUAACUGGACACGCAAAUGUUAUAACAUCAAAUGAAAAUCAUGCCGACUUCAACAUCCCAUACGACGGAACAGUUAAACUUGGAAGUGAAUCUUUAUACAUCUACAAUUACAACAUUUCGGGUGGCAAGAUCGGUCCGGUUAGAAUCAGUGUGAGCAGCAUGAAUGCGACACCCAACUAUCCGGUACUGUUCGUCAUACGACAGCAGCGGGGUGUCAUCUCGUGGCAGGUUCCACUGUUCCUCGAGGACAUGUUCGACUACAGCACGGUCAACCGGACGCUGUGUCCCACGGAGAACUACAGGAGUGGACGCCGCAGCGUCGACCGCAAGCAGCUGGCCUACGUCGACAUCUCCACAUUCAGUCCUAACCUCACAGCCUUCACGCUCUACGCGCAGCAACUGGAGAACUUUGAGAUAGGUAUGUAUGAGGAGAGGAGGCUGGACGUGUCGCCGUCCGAACCAAUCUACUACGAGUUUAAGUUCCCAGACGACCCUGAAGUGCACAGUGUUACCGUAAAAGCCACUUCAAGUGACAGCCUGUGUAUGGAUCUGUCGAUACAGAGCACAAAUUGUCCCGUGUUUGACCUUGAUCGUAACGUGGAAUUCACCGGUGUGUACCAGACGAUGACAAAACAAGCAGCCAUCACGGUUGAGCGGGCGCGCUUCAAGGACAAGGCGUUCUACGUUGUCUUCGUCGUGCGAGCGACCGACUACGCGUGCACGGACAUCGCCAUCGUCGAACCCGCCGCCAUUCACGGGUUGGGACGACUGAAGACGUUGUCCGUCAUCGUCGAGCCGUCCAUCAGCUAUACCAAGUACAUGAUCGCGAUCGGGGUCACCGUCGGCGUCUUCCUGUUCUUCUACCUGGUCGCCGCAGUUGUCGCCUUCAUUCACUAUCUUACGCAGCACCGUGGGGAGCAUGAGCACUUGUCUGGCUUAGAUAGCACUUCAAAUCUGGAGAAUCCCAUAGUGAAUAGAACUGAAGGCUCAUCCAACUAUGGCACUGUAGUACAGCAGCAGGGAGGUGAGAAGCAGCAGCAGGGUGGCGGGGCGGCAAGCUCGAGCCCCGGCUACGACUCGGACAGCACGAUAGACGAGGGAGAGAUCGACAUGCUGGACGAUGCCGACACUGACAAGAACAUCGUCCGCACGAAGACCUUCCUCUACGUUGCCGACCUGGCGCGCAAGGACAGGCGAGUGCUGACCAAGAAAUACAAGCUCUACCAUUGGCAUCUGAUCACCAUCUCCAUCUUUUACUCUCUGCCCGUUGUUCAACUGGUGAUCACGUACCAGGAGGUCCUGCACGUGACGGGUAACGAGGACAUCUGCUACUACAACUUCCUGUGCGCGCAUCCGCUGGGAGUGCUGAGCGCGUUCAACAACGUCUUCAGCAACGCCGGCUACGUCAUGCUGGGCCUGCUCUUCCUCGGACUGAUCUAUCGCAGGUUCGUAUCGCCCGCCGCCCACUGCUCUCAUAGAAGCUGCCUGCGCUACUGCUUGCCCAUCGUCUCGCUGCCUGCUUCGCUUGCCGACGAACUGCCGCCACAUGAACCCCCUACACCCAGUUACAAGCACGCGAUUGCUUCCGACGAGCUGCCAGGUUUUGCAGACACCUCGUUCAUGUACAUAAUCGCCGGACUGUGCAUGCUGAAGAUCUACCAGAGUCGCCACCCCGACAUCAACGCCAACGCCUACGCCGCAUUCGCAGCGUUUGCAGUCAUCAUCUUCCUCGCAGUUCUUGGAGUCGUCUACAGCAAGGUGUGGUUCUGGGCUUUGUUCUUCAUCGUGCACGUCAUGGCCAUGCUGGGACUAUCCACACAGAUCUACUACAUGGGACGCUGGAAGCUCGACACUGGAAUCUUCCAGCGAGUCUACCUUCAGCUGAAGAACGAAAUGCAGACGCCAUCUCGCCCGAUGUACAUGGAUCGUAUGGUGCUGCUCAUCGUUGGAUGUCUCAUCAAUCUUUCAUUGGCUCUAUAUGGUGUCUUGACACGUCCCAAGGACUUUGACUCGUAUUUGUUGUCGAUAUUUAUUGUCAACCUUCUUAUGUAUGUGCUCUUCUACAUCAUCAUGAAGUUGCGGUCAGGCGAAAGAAUUCUAAAAUUGGCUCUCUUCUUCAUAUGCUUGGCGACAAUAGUGUGGGGCUGUGCUCUUUACUUCUUCCUGUCAAAACUGUCUACCUGGGAGCUUACAGCGGCCAAGUCGAGGGAAGGGAACCGCGACUGCAUGAUUCUGGAAUUCUACGACGAACACGACGUCUGGCACUUCCUGUCUGCCACAAGCAUGUUCUUCUCUUUCAUGAUCCUCUUGACUUUAGACGAUGAUCUUUUGGAAACACCGCGAGACAAGAUUCCAGUCUUUUAA